UGUGGUGAAGUCCUCCGCAGGAACGUGCUUGUCCGUCACUCUCGCGGGAGAAACGAAAAGUCGCGCGCGCGACUUGCGCCGAAGACUUCGUCCUUUGUUCUCCGGCCUCGUUCACGGAGACGCGUGUGCGCGCACCCGAACGCGUCCUCGAAAAAGGAAAAAAAAACUGUAGUUCCGACAGUGGCCACCUGGCGGCGACGGAGGUCCAAUUCUCUUGGGUCGUGUAUCGACCGUGUUCGUGUGUCUGAGGUCUUCAGGCGGGACGCUGUGUUCGCGCUCAACAGGCUGUGCGACUCCUGACUCGCUGGCGGAGUCGCAGGCAGCGGGGGCGGAACCUUUGUCUCGCUGGUGUUCCGGCGGACCUCCGGGCCGGACGGACCGGCAACGCUUGAAGCCCGGGAAGCGACGCUCGAGCGUCUUGUUCCGUCCGGACUGGAGGAGAUGAAGUUCCGCGGGAAGAUCGUGGACGUCGCGUGUCUCAACCACUUCACACGUGUGGUCACCACCAUCUCCAAACUGACCAAGACCUGCGUCCUGCGACUCACGCCCCGACACCUCUACUUCGUUCUGGCGGGGAACGUGGCCAAUGGCGGCGUGGGCAUGUGGUGCGAGCUGGCUCAGGCCAACUUCUUCGACGAGUACCAGAUGGAGGGCGUGUCCUCGGAGGAGAACGAGAUCUGCCUGCAGGUGGCGCCGGAGCUCCUAUCCCGGCCUCUGCGCGCGCUGCAGAGCGCCACCGCGGUGAAAGUCAAGCUGACGCGGAAACACUGCCCCUGCCUGACCGUCGCCGCCGAGCUGCCCACCCUGACGGGCGGCAGCCGGCCCGUCACCUACGACGUGCCCGUGGACGUCAUCCCCCGCCGGCUGUGGCACGAGUUCCGGGAGCCGUGUGUGCCGGACUUCGACGUGAGCGUCUACAUGCCGCCGCUCAAGACCAUGAAGAGCGUGGUGGACCGCAUGAAGAACCUCUCCAACUUCCUGGUGAUGGAGGCCAACAUGAACGGCCAGAUGAACCUCAAGAUUGAGACGGACCUGGUUUCAGUCACCACCCACUUCAAGGAUCUGGGCAACCCUGACUGGGGUGAGUGCUGCCCCCUGCUGGGGGCAUCACACCAGGAGCGGGAGGCGGGAGCCAUGGUCCAGGCCCAGGUGGACGUGAGGAAGCUGCAGCCGCUGCUGAUGGGCCAGCAGGUCAAUCCCAGCCGAGCCCUGUGCAACAUUGUCCACCAGAGGGUGGUUCACAUCGUGCUGCUGCAUGACGACGUGUCCCUGCAGUACUUCCUCCCAGCUGUGGCCUAGCCCCGCCCCCAACACCCCCCUCCCCACCACACUGGUUUGUGUCUGAGUCUCUCUGAGUUGUUGAUAAAGUCUGUCCUGACCAGCGUCUCUCUCUCUCUCUCUCUCCCCGUCUGUCUGAACCGUGGCUCCCGGCUCUGACCCGGGAGCGUGUGACCCGGCGGUCUGGUGCUGCGGAGGUUGGAAACCCGGAAAUGAGACGGGGUUUGAGGCUUUAAUUGCGCUAAAUUGCUGCAGUUCCGACAGACGGCAGCGCCAUCCGCCCGCGCAGACCAACGCGAAACUCUUAGACGUAAACAAACAAUUGUCCAUCAGUGUGACGACGUCACCUACGUCGUACGGUCAGCUGACCUCUCACAAGUCCGUGUCUUCACGACAGCUGCUUCAUGUCGUACACCUGCACCUCCGACUCCGCCCCCUGCUGGGCGGCCCGCCGGCCCUUGGGCGGGGGCACGGGGGCGGCGGCGCCCUCCUGGCCCUCCGCCACAGCCCGCUCCUUCUUCAGGCUGAGUUUGGCGGGAACGCCGCUGAUGCUCUCCUUCAGCCGCUCGCCCGACUGCCGGAUCUUCUGGCGGCGCUCGGCGGGGACGAUGCGUUCGCCCAGCUGGUUGACUUUGCUUCCCAGGUUCUCCCUGGAGAACGUGGCCUUGAGGCUCUCCAUGCGGCUCAGACCGGACCUCUUCAUGCGGGCGGCGGCCGACGACUCCGCCUCCUCCACCACCAUGUACUCCUCGUCCGACUCGGGCGGCGGCUGCAGUUGCUCCGCCUCCACGCUGCCCGCGGCGCCCCCUGCAGGCUCCGCUCCGGGGGUGGAGGCCUUCACCUCCUGGUCUCCCUGGCGGCCACAGAAACACACAUGAGGGGGCCUGCAAGCGCCACCUUCUGGCCACCGGAGGAAGCGCUGUCACCAUCUGAGCCCUGGAUAAAAAUAACUCGCAGCUGCUGAACCCCCCCCUCCCCAUCCCUUCCCCGGAGCUCCGGUUACUGACCGGCUCACUCAACUGAUCCAGAGUUCAGGGGAAGAACCACGAGGAACGGUGGCCGCAGGUCAGAGGUCACGUCCAACGGGGCCUCACCUGGUAGAUGACCACGCGGAACUUGUUCCUGGCCAGCAGCUGGCCCUGCGUGGCCUCCACCUUCUUCACCCGCAGGUUCUGGUUCUCCACUCGCACCCGCACGUCCUUGAUGUGGCGGCUGAUCUUGCGGCUCUUGUCCAGGAGGUGGCCGACGGCGGCGCCCGUGUUGGCGUGCUCGCCGCUCAGCUUGACCACCUCGGCCUGGAUGCUCCUCACCGCGCUCUCCAGCUCCAGCUGCCGCUCCUCCAUGCGCUGUUGCGUGACCUGCACGCCGUCCAUUAGACCCGCCACGCGCUCCAGCAGCGCCAUGAUGCCGCCCGCCUCCUCACCGCCCGCUCGCUCCGCCAUCCUGCCGCCUUCACUGCAGCAGCAGGUCCCAACACCAGAAGAGUCGCUGGCUAAAACUGGACUCAGCUGCUGACCGUGGGGGUGGAGUCAGGCAGGGGGGUCAUGUGACACGGACAGCCAAUGAACAGGAAGUGACAUUGCAGAGUAAAAGUAGCCCGUGGAAACCCCCCCACCCCCAGCAUUCCAGGGCGAACGCAUCAUUGCAACAGAGGAGGAACAGCCCCCGCCAGAAAUAAAGCGGGUAGAGGGAAUUCCCCCACAGGUGCGUCUGUGUCAGUCAGCGCAGGGUCACCUCGGGUCAGCAGGCCCCGCCCAUCACUCACCUGGAGGAGCGCCAGCCUCAGUCAAGGAGACAAGUUUAUUUGGAAGAAACUAACAGACUAACAAACACGUCUUCAUGCCACGACUACCGGACGCCGCCAGGGUCACGUGACCCUGCGGCCCGCUAACACGUUUCACCACGACACUGACACGUACGCCGCCACUGCCGCGCUUAGAAAAACAUGAAAUGAACACACAGUAACGCUGGAAUCCAGUUCCGGAGUGACAUCGUCCCGAGAGUGAAAAAACAGCAUUUGGCUUUGGCUCGUACAAACAAAGAUAAAAAAACAUGAUCCGUCAACACUUGGUUAGCACGUCGCUACUCUACUGUUUAGCAAGUUCAGUCGGUUUGCUCCAGGUCCUCCCACACCUCACGCUGCCCCUGCUGGUUUGGAAUGGUAACUUCAGGCUGGAGUAGAUGGCGCAAACCCAGUGGUGAAAAAGAGUUCAGUCCAAUCUGCUGCUCCGCCCGCCAUCUUGGCUGGGCUCGCCACACCAGCCCCACGGCCGCCGCCACGCUCCGGACUCUCCUGGUGUCCAGCGGCUACAUGAUUCUGGACGAGGUUCCGGGCGGGAAGUGACCCAGGUGCUUCUGCCGCCGGCCGCGCUUGGCUCUGCUGCACCUCCUGCGGGCGAGAGAGUCGGCAGGUUAGCCCCGCCCCCUCGCAGCCAACCCAGCCAGCUGCUGUUCUGGAAGCUGGCCAUGCUGCCCCCCCUGUGGCUCGAAUCCUUGUGAGGACCCAGGACGACUAGUUCUCGUGUCACGCGUCAGCGACCUGCAGGGGCCACCGCAUCCCACGCCGCCCGUGCAAGUGGGCUCGCAUGCAGGCGUAUGUUGGCUCCGCCCACUUUGGGCUCGCCUCAUCUCUCCCCCUGGCCGUGGGGGGGAGUGGGCGGGGCCGAGCCUCUGCUCACUCACCUGGUGAAGCACAUGACCACGGCCACGAUGAUGGCGACCUGCACGGCGCCGAUGAUGGCGGCGAUGAGAACGUAGUGCAGCUUCUGCCCACUGGGGACCACGUAGAGGAUGUUGAAGUCCAGCAGCUGGUCACACUGAGAGCCGCCGUAGCCCGCCACACACCUGCCCACACACACACACACACAGAGCCGGCGGGUCAGAAGCCGAGGCCCACCUGAGGCGCGGCGCCGCGGACCUCACCUGCAGGUGGGCAGCUUCCGCACCAUCUCACACUGGCCGUGCUCGCAGAACUGGCUGUAGUCGGCGGGGCAGGGGGCGGGGCUUGCCUCCGGGCCCAGCCCCUCACCAGACUUGGAGACGGCUGGAAGAAACGCUGGACUGUGAUUGGCUGCUGCACAGGCUUCAGGCGACAAGAGCUGAAAUCUCACCGUGCACCGCCGGCUUCUUCCCGCCGUCGUCCUUCCUCUUGUCUGUCAACGCAGCCACACGUUAGACUCUGGCCGCCCCUCCGUCUGUGUGCGUUACCUUGACAACGGCCCACGUGCUUGAUGUCGAUCUUCAGCUGCUUGAGACACGACGCCUCCCUCACGUGACACGGCGUGUCGUAGGUCACGCCGUCGACGCCACACACCGGGUUGUCAUUGUGUCCGUUACAAACGAUGUUGCACAUGCAGCUGCGCACAGACACACAGUCAACACCGCGUGUGUGUGUGUGGGCGUGUGUGUGUGUGUGUGUGUGUCCUCACAGCAAGUCCUCGGAAUCUUCAUCACACUCGGCUCCAAACUUGCAGU